AUGCUUCAAUUUGUGCCAACUGCACUGCGUGAAAAGAUGCUUCAGGAGAAAUCUAUCACGUUGGAUGACGUAGUCAGACAAGUGAAUGCUUACGAAACCAGCCGUUCCGCUAGUGAACAGAUAAGUGGAAAGUCAAUUCUGCAGCAGGCUGUCGGAACUGAAGAGAACGUUCAGUUCGUUCGGAAGACCUGCAAGUACUGUGGAAGAUCUCACGGACCGAAUCAGGAAUGUCCCGCACGGGACAAAACAUGCUCUGUCUGCGGCAAACGAGGCCACUUUCAUGCUGUUUGUUAUUCGCGGAAUAGGAAUAAUUCUCCAGCAAACAAAUCGACAGUUCAGCCUGAUAACAAUCGCGGACAUUCGAAUCGUAAGGUGCAUGCAAUUGAACAAUAUGAUACUGAAGAUGCCAAUGAUGAGGUUGAGCUGGUAGAUAUGGUCUCUUCUGCCAAUGAUUCUGACGAUUUAAUCUGGGCAAGAGUUGGCGGAGUACUUAUUGAGAUGCAAAUUGAUUCGGGAGUGAAAUCAAAUAUUAUCGAUUUCCAAACGUGGGAAAAAAUGCUUCAGAAUGGAGUACGCACAAUCGGAAAAUUUCAACGAAAUGAUAGGAGAUUCAAGGUGUAUGCACAAAAAGACUGUUUGGUGGUAGCUACAAUGUUUGAUGCAGAAAUCAAAAUUGAAGACCACGAUAAACAGAUGAUGAAAGUGGCUAGAUUCUAUGUGAAGAUUGCCUUUCGCGAUGGGGUAGAAGUAAAACUGAAGGAGCUAUUGACGAAUGAUAUCAUCGAGAAAGUUUCGGAGCCGAGUCGCUGGGUAUCUCCAAUGGUCAUCGUGGCGAAGGAUUGUGGCAACAUACGCUUGUGUAUUGAUAUGAGACAGUUGAAUAAGGCGAUUCUGCGUGAAACUCAUCCACUUCCGACUAUAGAGGACAUUCGCUGGAAGUUAAAUGGAGCGGUAUUCUUUUCUAGACUGGACAUCAAAGACGCAUUCCAUCAGUUAGAAUUGGAUGACGAGAGCAAACCGUUGACAACGUUCAUAGCUCACAAAGGUAAGUUGAUAUCGCAGCAACUUUCUUAUGUUCAAGAGUAG